UGCUGUACGUAUGUACUUAUCAGAAGACAUGUGAACUAGCUUCCAAGCAGUCAUGCGUUUGUUUUACCAAUUUUGGGUGUUUUUUUUUCUUAAUGAAGUGCAAUCAGCUCGAAUACUCGGCUUAUUUCCACAUCCGGGUAAAAGUCAUCAGAUUGUUUUCGAUCCUGUUAUGAAAGCACUAGCAGGACGCGGUCACGAGAUUACAGUUAUAACAUUUUUUCCGCUUCGGGCACCCCCAGAAAAUUACACAGAAGUUAAUCUUCAGAGUCUUAGCCAAUCAAAGUUAGAUAUCUUUAAGCUUGAUUCUUAUGAAAAACCUGGUUGGAUCAAUAAAAUACCAGUCAUUGGGAACAUCUGGGAUCAAUACCUACAGCAUAGUGACCUAGCUAAUGCUGCCUUCGAAAUAUGUAAGAGGAUGAUACAUUUCCCACCAGUAGUCAAGACGUUACGCAAACAGUACGAUCUCGUGAUUGUCGAAAAUUUUGCGGGAGAUUGUAUGCUUGGGCUCCUAAGUGCCUUUGGGAUCAAAGCUCCAGUCGUCGGUAUGUCUAGCCCUCAGCUUUUACCUAAUAAAGCUCGCAGAAUGGGCGCAGAUGAUAACCCUGCAUAUGUUCCCGUCGUGACCUCUUCAUUCUCACAUAAAAUGUCGUUCUUUCAACGAGUUGAAAACACAAUAGUACAUUAUUUAGCUGAACAAAUAUAUCAAACGUUACUUAAAAACGAACGGAAGCUGAUAGAAAAAAGGUUUGGGAGGAGAAUCGCCGACAUUCAAGAGUUAGCCAAUAACCAAUCGUUGAUUCUUGUUAAUUCGUAUCAUGUCUUAAAUGGCGUUUAUCCCAGAGUACCUGGUAUUGUAGAAGUUGGAGGGAUUCAUAUACAACCUAAAAACGACACGAUACCCACGUUUUUUGAAAAAUAUCUAAAUGAAUCCAACCACGGAGUCAUUUUAUUCAGUUUCGGGUCAAGCAUAUGCUCUUCGUCAUUAUCUAGAAAAACAGAGAAUGAGUUAAUUAAGUCUUUUUUUAAAUUAAAACAAAGAGUUAUUUGGAAACACUCGGAAGCCUCGAAAGGAGGGACAUUUAUUGGAAAAAAUAUAUUGAGAGUAAAAUGGAUGCCGCAAGCACAACUAUUGCAACACCCAAAAGUCCUAGCACUAGUUGGACAUGGUGGAUUACUCGGUAUAAUGGAAGCAAUUACGUUUGGUAAACCAAUCGUCGCAAUACCAGUGUUUGCCGACCAUAGAAGUAAUGCUGCGGCAGUGGAAGCUGCGGGUAUCGGUGUGAUAUUGCCUAUUAGUGACCUACAGGAGAAUAACUUUGUGAGGGCGAUCGAAAUUGUCCUAAGUCAAAGAAUGCGCGAGAGAACUCGUCUUGUAUCAGCAAUGUGGCAUGACAGAGAACAACUUCCAUUGGAUACAGCUGUGUACUGGACCGAGAGGGUAAUAAGAUGGGGCAACCAGUCACCACUAUCUUCACAAGCGAAAUAUCUCCCAUUCUACCAAUACGCGCUACUAGAUGUUGCUGCUUUUUUAACUUUAUUGUUAACCAUACUUCUUCUUACAUUAUUUUACUUAACAAAAUAUAUAAUUAGGUUUUUUAAAAAUAGCCGUCUAAAAGUCGUAAGAAAAGAAAAAAAUAAAUAGUGCGCCAGCUUUUGUUUUGCUCAGAAAAUAAUUAAAUUGUGUUUCUUUGCAUAUAAGUACCCAGUUAUCUAAUUUAAAGAUUCCAAUGAAAAUGACGAUAUGGUGCUUAUGUAAAAUGUGCAUCGUUAGUCGCAGGAGAUCACAGUAAGUAAUAUCCAUUGCAGAAUACAUCUACAAAUCUCUCGUUCGUACAUAAAUUCGGGAUUGCCUUUUGAGACAUAUGAGUAGAAUGUUUAUAAACCCACCAUUGUUGAUUUCUUCGAAAUUGUAACAUAAACAAUCGUGAUUUAGGACUUUUUGCAAUUUUUGAAGCAACUACUAUGUGCGUAUACACGGUGUUUCGACAAGCAGAUUCCAACAUUUUCAUCCAAGACGUAGUGACCGAACUCCUCUCGUCGGAAAAGAUAUUCGUACCUUGUCUCGAAAACAGCCAGUUCACAACAAUGUGCUGUGUGUUUGAAUGCAUUACUCGAGGAGACACACUUGUUGUCACACGCUGCGACGGUAAAUUCCAUCUGGACUGCCUAAAUAUACGUCAGCCUAGAAUACUAUUACUCAUUGGCUGAGACCAGGUCUAACGUAUAUUAUACCUAAAAAUGAAGUACCUUUUGCUAUGGGCAUCGAUAAGAGGCAGCAAUAAUUCUGAGACAACACGACUUCGUAAUACAUCGUCCUAAAUCCAGCAAGGACUCAAAAUGCUCUUGUCUGAUCCUAAAAUAAUAUUUUUCCAGGACACAGAUAGGUUUGAAAUUGUUUUUGAGGCAGAAUACGAAAUUCGACACGUAUCGCUUCAACUUCCGUAGGUGCAUAACUUACGACACUUCCGCGCACCACCGCUUUGUGGAACCAGUGACAUGCCACUUAAGUGGACUUUAGUAUUUCCGAACCAAUUCGGUCCUUCAAGAUAAGAGCAUACCAAUUCCUAAAAGGUCAAAAGGCACUUGCAAUAGAUAUAAAAAUAAGCCGUUUUAUUUUCUGAGGAAUAAAUAAUAUUUAAUCACAUUUCCUAUUGUGGGAGAAGAUAAGACGUCUUAUGACUUUUUAAUUUGUUAUAGGUACCUAUUUAGUAUUAUUAAACAAUGACGUGUUAAUAAGCUUAUAUAAAGACAACAAAUAUAUUAUGUAAUA